AUGAUCGAUAGACCUCCAAGAGUCAGACCCGAUACGAUCGAUGAGUGUCCCAUAUUUCGAACGAGAUGGCUCUUCGUUGGCCACGACGACAUCGAUCGAGAAUGCUGGUUCGGGUGCGUGUCUGCCAAGAAAGCCCGAGACGAGAAUAUCGAAGAGGACAUCGACUGGUACUGGACUUGGGCUUCGAACGCUCGACCGGAUCCUGCUGAAAAGAUCAGCCCCUGCACGGUCACAAAGGAGGACCCGAAUCUUACGAAGCUUUUAGACCAGAACAAUAUGGAGACGGACAUUUUGUCGAGACUCUCUCCGGACGAACGGACCCUACGGUACGCCAGGCUCUUGCACGGUAUCAACAGGGGAAAGUACAAUGUCCGAGAGCGCUUUGACAGUGACAGGAUGCAGCCUGUUGAAACUCCUUUCUUGAGACGGCCACCACCUGGCCCGCGCUCCAGUUUCACUCAGGACAGUGAUCUCACGGCCGACAGGUCUAAGGGCAAACGCAAACGCGAAGGAUCGAGAUACGAUGGAUAUGGAGACGAUGACCAGGAGACCGCUCACCCGCGCAGAGCAAGCGCGAAGAAGACGAGGCGGGCCAAGGAACUGGUGGACGAUGUAGAGUUCAGCGACGCCAGCUACUCCCCUGGGUAUGUCAGCACAUAUCUCGACGAUGAUGAAGACGACGACGAGGGAUUCUCCUUCCCUGAUGGGCAGACCGUGAAGGCGAAGGACGAAGAGCCACUUGAAGGAGCAACAGAUGACACGGAAGGCGUGAAUGUUGACAAGCCCAAUCCCUUGAUCGCCGAACGUGCUGAGCAACUCUUGAAAGUCCUCGAAGAGCUGCACGAAGCCCCUUACGCGGUUCCUCUGAGAGCUCAAAUCGAUAAGCUGCUACACGACAUCGACGAAGCCCAGAGGGGAACUGACGCCUUGGACAUUGCUGAAGUCGCUUUGCGUCGUGGUCGGCAGAUGCUAUCCCUGUUCAUCGAGGCCGUGAGGUGGGCAACGAAUGGCGCUAACUGGCAGGAGCGAUCCUUCGUGGAUUAUCUCGAACUUCAUCACUUGCCUGAAGAGCUCAAGGAAGCAAAUCGAAGGCUCACGUUGGAGCUGAGGGGGUACGUCCGUAUCGUUAGCGAGAAGAUUCAAAGUGUUAAGGGUUUGAGGAGAGAGUUGGAACAAGCUGCUCGCGAGGACGAGGAGGAGUUGUAA